AUGGAUUGGGGCACCCUGCACACUUUCAUCGGGGGUGUGAACAAACACUCCACCAGCAUCGGGAAGGUGUGGAUCACUGUCAUCUUCAUCUUUCGUGUCAUGAUCCUCGUGGUGGCUGCUCAGGAAGUGUGGGGUGAUGAACAGGAAGACUUUGUCUGCAACACUCUGCAACCGGGAUGCAAAAAUGUAUGCUAUGAUCACUUUUUCCCAGUGUCCCACAUCCGGCUGUGGGCCCUGCAACUCAUCUUUGUCUCCACCCCUGCCCUACUUGUGGCGAUGCACGUUGCCUACUACCGGCAGGAGGCCGCCCGCAAAUUCAGACGAGGAGAGAAGAGAAAUGAGUUCAAAGACUUGGAAGACAUUAAAAAACAGAAGGUUCGGAUCGAGGGAGCCCUGUGGUGGACGUACACCAGCAGCAUAUUUUUCCGAAUCAUCUUCGAAGCUUCCUUUAUGUAUGUGUUUUACUUUCUCUACAAUGGGUACCAUCUGCCCUGGGUGCUGAAAUGUGGGAUUGAUCCUUGCCCCAACCUUGUUGACUGCUUCAUCUCUAGACCGACAGAGAAAACCGUGUUCACCAUUUUUAUGAUCUCUGCCUCGGUGAUUUGCAUGCUACUCAAUGUGGCUGAGUUGUGCUACCUGCUGCUGAAAGUGUGUUUCAGGAAAUCAAAAAGAGCCCAGACACAAAGAAACCACCCCAGUCAUGCCCUAAAGGAGAGUAAGCAAAAUGAAAUGAAUGAGCUGAUUUCAGAUAGUGGUCAAAAUGCAACCACUGGUUUUCCAAGUUAG